AUGGAUAAUGUAAAUGAACCCGGUGGACUGAAGCGCGACUUGAAGCAGCGGCAUAUGGUUAUGAUUGCAAUCUCGGGAACAAUUGGAACGGGUCUCUUCUUGACCUCUGGAAAGACCAUCGCUACAGCCGGACCUCUUGGUGCUCUUCUCGCAUAUAUGACGAUUGGUGUCUGGCUAGUGUUCGUAUGCCAGGCUAUUGGAGAGAUCGCAACUCUGCUACCCUUGCCCGGAGCCUUUACGAUCUGGGGAGCACGCGUCUUUGACGAAGCCUUCGCCUUCCAGAUGACAUGGGUUUAUUUCACAAACUGGGCCCUGACGAUCCCGGCGGAGCUGUCGGCGUCCUCCCUGGUGGUGUCGUUCUGGCUGGGCGAGGGGUCAUCCUUCCCGACUUGGGUUGUCCCAGUGAUCAUUAUCGUUGCCCUCGUCAUCAUUAACAUGCUUGGUGUGAAAAUGUACGGAGAGGCAGAGUACUGGUUCAGUAUCCUGAAGGUGGUCACCAUUAUCGUCUUCAUCAUCACGGGCAUCCUCGUCGACGCCGGUGCAGUCGGCGGCACACGGUAUGGAGUCGACAACUGGCACAUCUCCGGUGCACCCUUCAAGGGCGGCUUCAAGGCCUUCCUCUCCGUUCUCGUCUCCGUCGGUUUCGCCUACGGAGGCACUGAACUCUCCGGAGUUACCGCCGCAGAAUCCCGCAACCCCCACAAACAUGUCCCCAAAGCUGUCAACACAGUCUUGGUCCGGAUCGCCUUCUUCUACAUCCUCUCGAUCUUCUUUCUCUCUUGCAUCGUCCCCAAUAAUGACGAGCGUCUACUCAACCCGGAUGGAACUGUGGUGAACGCGCCGUUUACGAUCGUGUUCGUCCAGGCGGGGAUGAAGGGUGGGGCUGAUUAUAUGAACGCCGUGAUCUUCACCUCGAUCGUCUCAGCCUCGAACUCGGAUUUUUAUGUCGCGACAAGGAUGUUGCUUUCGCUCGCCAAUAACGGAUGGGCACCCAAAUGGGUUGGCAAGACCAACAGGCGUGGAGUGCCCUAUGUGGCCGUAGGCAUCACGACCUUGUUCUCGUGCAUUGCCCUCGUGAUGAUCUACGCAGGUGCCUCUGUGGUCUUUGACUGGCUGGUCUCGAUUAUCGGAUCAAUCAUCUUCCUGAUCUGGACCAGUAUCCUGUUCCUCCAUUUCCGAUUCCGUCAGUGCUGGAAGGCUCAGGGUCACACACCGGAGGAGCUCCCGUACCGGUCUUGGGGGUACCCUUAUGGACACUAUUUAGCAAUGGUGGUUGCGGUCUGUUGUGUGGUCGCGAAUUUCUAUCUGUCGAUCGAUAGUAAGCCCUCGGUCGAUGCCUUCACAGGCCCAGAAGAUCCGGAUUAUAUAGCGAAGAGGAAUAGGUGGGCGCAGGGGGUUUUGGGAGCGUGGUUUCCGUGGUUCCAGGCGAUUACUCUAUACUUUGGAUGGAAGCUGAUUAAGAAGACGAAGAUUAUUAACCCAGCCAUGGCGGACCUAGACACGGGGCGAUGGAUACCAGUACUGAAGGAUCCAUUGAUGGGAGAGAAGCCUAAGCCCAGGUGGCGGCAGAUCCUUUCAAACUUUGUCUGA